AUCCAAUAUGGCGUCCGGUCAAUAGACGAAGCCUUCUCCACUCCGGAAGAGGCUUUGGCUCGGGGAUUGUGCCUGUGGGCGUAUCUAUAUGUCUAUAUAAGUUGUCAUUCUAUUACGGGAUCCCGUAACAUAUUUUUCGUUCUUUUUAUCUCUUCAAACAGAAAAGAAAAAAAUAUUAGUUUCUCUUCCGUAAGUACUGUGCGGUGGAAGAAAUCAUCAGAGAACGAAGAGCGUGCUUUUUUUUCAUUUAUGUUUUGUGCUUGCGUACGUGAGUUACGAUGUACGAGCGAGGAUCUUGCCGGGCUUACGGAUCGAAGAACUCGCUGCUCCGAGUCUCCCGUCAACGAGAUUAAACAUGUGAUCGAAAUAUAACGCGAGAGACUGUGCAAUUUCUUUUUCAAAUAACAAAAAAAAUAUCUUCGCCCUGAAAGAUUGUCAGUCUAAGAUUUCAGGUGCUUUGGACUUUGUUUAGAUUUUGCAAAAAAAUAGCAAAAAACAACAUAAAGUUUCUCUCGUUUGACAAGCGGGGGAGGGGCCAAGGUACAAAAUGGCUUCGGGCGACAAUGUGGAUGUGAUAGAGGUUGUUGAGACGAGUUUCGGGGGACCCACCCGAAACUCUGAUGCUCCGUCGAGGACCGACGAUUCCGGGGAUGAAGACGAUAAAUCAACGGGGGAAAAAGUAGCCUUUGAUACUUCAGCCACUCAACAUGGAAGCGGCGGGCCCAAAACUCCUGCCGGAGUUUCCAGGAACAAAUCAGAGCGGGAAAGAAAAAUUGGACAUCGGAGAGUUGGUGUGGGGGGCGAGAUCACUUACAAAAAGAUUCAAACGACCCAGAUUAUGGGAUCUAUACAAUUGGGAAUUCAGCAUGCUGUGGGUGGUCUCGCCAGCAAACCUGAAAGAGAUUUACUCAUGCAAGAUUUCAUGACGGUGGAAACAACGAAUUUUCCAAGCGAAGGCUCGAAUCACACACCGGCUCACCAUUUUUCUGAAUUCAAAUUCAAGAAUUAUGCUCCAAUUGCAUUUCGAUACUUUAGGGAUUUGUUUGGCAUUCAGCCAGAUGAUUUUUUGAUGUCUAUGUGUAGUGCACCAUUACGGGAAUUAUCAAAUCCUGGUGCUAGCGGGAGUAUCUUUUAUUUAACGGAGGAUGAUGAAUUUAUCAUAAAGACUGUACAGCAUAAGGAAGGAGAGUUUUUGCAAACUCUUUUACCUGGAUAUUAUAUGAAUUUAAAUCAGAAUCCUAGAACUUUAUUACCAAAGUUCUUUGGGCUUUAUUGCUAUCGUUGCAAUAGUAAAAAUGUUAGGCUGGUCGCAAUGAACAAUCUGCUACCCUCGGCGGUGAAGUUGCAUCAAAAGUACGAUUUAAAGGGAUCGACUUACAAGAGAAAAGCUUCGAGAGGUGAGAGAUCAAAAUCAUCACCAACGUACAAAGAUCUCGAUUUCAUGGAACAUCAUCCUGAAGGCAUAUUCCUUGAAGCCGAUACUUACGGAGCUCUCGUGAAAACGAUACAACGUGACUGUCGAGUACUCGAGAGUUUCAAAAUCAUGGAUUACUCCCUCCUCGUCGGAAUCCACAAUCUUGAUCAAGGAGCGAAAGAAAAAAGCGAGCAAAGGUUAUCAGCAAGUGCCGAAGAGGAACCGGGUGAGCCUGGCUACGAGAGCGGGACUUUCGUUCACGCGGAACGUGAGAGAGAACGAGAGGAUAGAAUCGGUGCUACGGCGCUCAAUCGUUCGAAAAGCAUUAACAGGCAGAGGCUUGUUGCUCACAGCACUGCAAUGGAGAGUAUUCAAGCAGAGAGCGAACCCAUAGACGAGGAGGAUGAUAUACCCAGUCCAGGCGGGAUUCCGGCGAGAAAUGCCCGAGGGGAGCGCCUCUUAUUGUUUGUUGGUAUAAUCGAUAUACUACAGAGUUAUAGACUCAAGAAGAAAUUGGAACACACGUGGAAAUCCAUGAUACACGAUGGGGAUACGGUAUCUGUGCAUCGACCAGGUUUUUAUGCGCAGCGCUUCCAGGACUUUAUGGCCAAGACCGUAUUCAAGAAGAUUCCCUCACUGGACCUGCCCGAGAUUAAGGGGAAUCAUCGAAAAUUCCGUAACCUCGUCACCAGCUACAUAGGCUUGCGUUCGGCUUUUCUCAACGUUUCGCAACGAAAUACGACAGAGCAAGACGGUCCUUUGAAACAUUCCCCGUCGAAGAAAAAAAGCAUAUCUCGGCCGCUCAGGCCACUCGAGGGAGACUUCGAUUCGACUGCGGUGGCGGCAACCGGAAGUACGGCAAUGCAUGCUUCUUCACCCACAAAACUCGCGAGCCCGACCGGCAUUGAGACUGUCGUGAGCAGCAGCAGUGGUAUUCGCGUUGGCGGGAAUUCGUCGAGUUCGGUGCCGAUAGCGACCUCUACACCGGUAAAUUUGCCAACUUCUGGUGGGACGGUAGUGUCCGUAGCGCCACCGCCACUGUCAGCUGGCGCGAUAACGGCGGAUGGUCCGCUUCGAGUGACGAGUUAUCCAGCAGUAUUGAAAGGUCGUGGUGGUGGUGCAAGUCCACCGAAUCCGAAUUUAAUACCAUCCGGAAAAGUUCCACCGCCUGUGCCGCCGCGUGGUAGCGGCGGAGGAGGAGCACCGGGUAGAUCGAGAAUUGAGGAUCAUCGUGGUAACGCAUCCUCCUCAUCGUCGACGACUUCGGGUCGAGGUGGCACCCUUCCUUCCACCUGCUCCACUCCGCCCCCGCCUUUUGACGAUGCAGUACGCUCCAAUGAUCAGACAUUAGCUACCGGAGGUGGCCAUCAUCAAGGCACCACUUCUAUACUGUCGACUGGUCAAUCGAAACACAACAGGGUCGUUCAUCAUGUUACUCUCACUAAGAAUUAUCACGAUUCCGUAAGCAGCAUAACGGAUGUUCAUUUGGAGAGCAGCGGAAGUGGUAGCGGUAGCGGAGGCCGUGAAACAAAAUCGUCGUUGAGCGUCGAGAGUGGGGGUAGCAGUCGAGGAGGCGGUGGAUUGACGUGGACCCCGCCAACCGGAAGCGCAGAAGGUUCGACGCCGACCUGGACCGAAGGAACGCCCUCGUUCACAGAGAGUUCCAGUAGCGGUGACAUUGGUUGUCCGAGCACGCCGAUACGCGGGAACGAAAGAAACGAAGGAGGUGGAAAAAUAGCAGCGACCGUAGAAGAAGCGCUCGCGAGUUUGACAACCGAAAUGACCCACCUUUAGGAGAGAAGCGAGAACGGAUGUCUGUACUAAGCGAAUAGACGAGAAAACGAACAAAGCAAAAAAGAGUGAAAGAGAAAAAAUCUUUGGAGAAAUGUAUGCGGGUUCGCACAUACGUUUAUUCUCACGGCGACAUGUGAGAACAAAUUGCAUUUUGCCAGUCAUUAGGGUGUUCGGGAAGACUGCGGGACAAACGUAGGCGACUUUUGAGCGAUACCGUGCAUCACGGUGUCGAUUUAAGUUCGCCUGGAUCCUCUGUAGCGCGUAAGUGACGAUGAAGAGCGAAAAAGAGACAAAAAUUUACGCUCAUCCAUUCAGACGUGAGAAUAUGAGACCAAAAAAUAUUAUUUUUUGUCGAUUUACGUAGAUAAUUUAUUUAUCAACUACGUUCCUGUACGGAUAACAAUGAAAAACGCUUUUUGUUGUUUGAUACUACAAAAUGUACAUGAACCGAUGCACGUGUAUUUUAAAAACGUUUCAAUUAGCGAUCAGGAACUGACAACGAGGUGCGUCAACUCGUUUUUGAUCUUCUGUUUUUCUUUUUUUUUUCUUAGGACAAUUCUGGAAUGCUUUAUUUAUUUAUUAACGCAGCAUAAUAAUGAACGAUUGAUAAUUCUGAUGAAUUUUGUCCUGUCAAAUAUCGCGUAGCAAAAGUAUUUAUAUGUCUUUGUGACGCAGCCAUUAAUUGUGAAUAAUUUUAUUAGUUUCUCUUCCCGUUGAAUUGGAACUCGUCUUUCUCCUCUCUGAAUUUCAUAACAGAAAGAAGUUUAAGACACAUUUUUUCGUUGUUCUUUUUUCACGUUUUCGUUUCGUCGAUUUUCCUCUUUUGUUUGUCUUGAUCGAUUCGAUAAUUUCAACAUUAUUGUCUCGAUCGUACUUUCUCAACCAUGUCGCGAAAUGUGUUCAGAUUAAGUUGUUGCAUUUUUUGUUUUAUUUGUAUCCUUUCUUCUUUGACGCUUUCAUCGGUUGUCGAGCAAAUAUUGGAAUAACCAUCGAUUCAACCCCCCCCGAAGAACAAUCAAUUAUUUACGGUGGUUCGAAAAUGUUCGAGCCAUUUUUUAUACGACAAAUAAUCAUUGACAUGAACUUACUCUUUGGGAAAAUAUUCGUUUUUAUAUUUGCUUAUUUCGGGAAAAAUAAAUUUAUGAAGAAUUGGGAUCGGAUUGUAAUUUUCUCUCGAUUAAAAUCAUAAAGAAAAAAAUGUUCCCAAUAACCUUGAGCUCGAGUUAAGCUUAUUCUGAUAUUAUUCUCGGUUGUUGUGUUUUUUCAUGUUUAUUGUAAUUUUGCCUCCAGUGUAUGUGCACAUUGUGGCAAAUAAGAAUUGUGAGAAAAAAGCUUGAGCGUUCGACUCGGUGAAGCGUCGAAGAACUUUGUCGUGCAGCUUGAAAUCAUUGUAUCGGUAAAAAAAAAAAAAUGCUUAAACGCCAUCUUUCGUCUGGUUUUUCGCAUCUAAAUUCCUGAAAAUUUCUGCUUCGAGUGGAUCAAACUUUUGAAAUUAUCAAUUCGUGGGAAAUUUCUUUUGUACGUGUAUAUACGAAUAUAAUUAUAUUGUAUUUCGGAAAGUAGCAACUUUUUAACCCUCCUCGUACACCUGGGGUCUAUAGGACCCCCAGACUUCCCGUGGGUUCUCACUGGAACUGGCCUGAGGUGUGGACUCGAAGGGUUAACAGAUCAAUGUUCAGAUAUACGUAGUAAAAAAUUGCAUUUGUCGUUGUACAUCAAAAAACUGCGAAUGAGAUUGACAGCUUAGCGAGACCUUGAGGCCGGCUAGAAAUUGUGGCGGAAUGAGAUGAAAAAAAUUGCGAAUUUGUACGAACGAGUGAUUAUAAGAUAAUAAAUUAUUGUUGCGUCUUUCAUUUAACGAACAUGAAAACAUCGGACAAUCAA